GGUCUCACUGAUCGGAAAUUGGUGAGUGCAGCGGGACUGCAGUGUUCCUGCAGGGCGCCGGCCGCCCACCUGUCAGAGGCUGAGCCAGGAGUAUGCGGAAGAAAUUUCUGCCUUGGGUCCCAUGAUGCUGACAGUCCCAAUUCUAAGUCGUAAGUCUGCCAACGCUCCUGGUCCCCAAAAGAAUACAAGUGAAUUCAGGCCAAUGUCCCACCACCCACUGCCUCAAAAGGUCUCUGGGAUAGUCAGUGCCCUCCGCCCCACCUCGCGGGGGCCGUAGGGGAAUAGCUCAGAGCCCGGGUGCCGUGGACGUCGUGAGACUGGUCUCGGAGGCAGCGUUGACAGAGCCGGACACGUGACAGUCAGAGUCACGUUCUGCGGUUUGCGAGGCUGGCACCAAGCUGCUCACGUGACGCGAGGGGCGCCAUGGGGUGAUGUGAGAUGCGGGUCUUUUUCGAUUACAUAGAAAUGACGCAUUCCCACCCCUUUUGGCAACAGAUUUCCGUUGGAAGAAGCGACGGUUCCGGGGGAUAACAGUUCAGACGAUGAGGACAAGGAGCGAGUUGCGCUGGUGGUGCACCCGGGCACAGCUCGGCUGGGGAGCCCAGACGAUGAGUUCUUCCAGAAGCCCUCUCGGUCAUCCUUCUUAGGUCCAGACAAUUCGGCAGACUAUGGUCAAGCUGGAGAAUAAAAUCCGGGAGUUGGAGAAGCAGCAGGUCACCAUCCUGGCCACGCCCCUUCCCGAGGAGAGCAUGAAGCAGGACCUGCAGAACCUGCGUGAUGAGAUCAAACAGCUGGGAAGGGAGAUCCGCACUCAGCUGAAGGCCAUAGAGCCUCAGAAGGAGGAAGCUGAUGAGAAUUCUAACUCCGUCAACACAAGAAUGAGAAAAACCCAGCAUGGGGUCCUGUCCCAGCAAUUUGUGGAGCUCAUCAACAAGUGCAACUUGAUGCAGUCUGAAUACCGGGAAAAGAACGUGGAGCGCAUACGGAGGCAGCUGAAAAUCACCAAUGCUGGAAUGGUUUCUGAUGAGGAGCUGGAGCAGAUGCUGGACAGUGGGCAGAGUGAGGUGUUUGUAUCCAAUAUACUGAAGGACACACAGGUGACUCGACAGGCCCUAAAUGAGAUUUCAGCUCGGCAUAGUGAGAUCCAGCAGCUUGAACGCAGUAUCCGUGAGCUUCAUGAGAUCUUCACUUUUCUAGCAACUGAGGUGGAGAUGCAGGGGGAGAUGAUCAACCGGAUAGAAAAGAACAUCCUGAGCUCAGCAGACUAUGUGGAACGUGGGCAGGAACAUGUCAAGAAAGCUCUGGAGAACCAGAAGAAGGCGAGGAAGCUGUCAUCAUUGGCAUCACCACAGCAGUUGGAUAAUGUUGCUCAUUCUCGGUAUGGGGAGUACCAGGGACUGGGGCCUGGCCUUCUUUCCCAGAGCUGUGGGGGCAGGGCAGAGUCUCCAGCUGGACCCCUGUCCGGACACUGGCCCCUGCGCAAAGGGGCAGAUGGUUCUUUCAGGAUUGAUAGCUGCUUAUUCGGGGGGCCUCCCCCUUCAGGCCAUGAUGCCUGGGGAAGGGCCUGUAGUGUCCUGUUUGACUGGGACACAUGGUUUUGUAAAAAAAUUAAAAAAUCUUGGAGACCCCUGUGCAUGUGUGUUCCUAGAAGGAUUGGCCCAGGGCUUCCACUGUCUAGCUUCCCACCUCCUGUCCACUCCUGGGGCCAGGCUCAGUCAGACAGGCUCAGAUCAGAGUGCCCUAGGUGUUGUGACCACAGCGGACUGGCUCUGUCCUUCUGCUCUCCCACAAAAUGGGUAGAGUGUGUUGGGAAGAGAUUCUGUCUGGCUCCCAGCUCAUACUGUGCCCCCACUGUGAGUACAUAUACCUGAAUUGAUGAGCUUAUCAGGCAAGGC